UCUCUGAUAAUAGCCCAUUAAGAUCUUGAGUAUGUUCUACUUCCCUGUUUGACACACUGGUUUGAAAAUAUUGCUAAGUCCUCCCAACAAUGACAGACACUCAGUGGAAACAUGAAGGAUUCUGUCAAACUGGUUAUUUGGCAUCAUGUAGACCACUAUUUCCCAACCUACAAGUGCAUCACGGCAUUUGGUGUGUCAGGGACACGCCUUGGGUGUGUGUCUCAGUCUAAAGCUUCCUCCUUUUCACAAGCUUCCUGUUUCUCAUCUCUCUAGCUUCUAACUGUCACUGUAAUCAUCUCUUACUCUUCAGCCUGAUGUCAAAAGCAAAAGUUCAGAAGUUCCUCAUCAAUAAGGAGUCCUUGGGAGCAGGUGAAGCUCAUCUAACUAGGCAUUUCUAUGAUGUGGCUGCUUUUAACAACAGCUUGUUUGAUCUGUGGAACUUUAAAUGUUGGUGGAUUCCUUGAUUUGGAAAAUGAAGUGAAUCCUGAGGUGUGGAUGAAUACUAGUGAAAUCAUCAUCUACAAUGGCUAUCCCAGUGAAGAGUAUGAAGUCACCACUGAAGAUGGGUACAUACUCCUUGUCAACAGAAUUCCCUAUGGGCGAAGACACGUUAGGAGCACAGGUCCCCGGCCAGUUGUGUAUAUGCAGCAUGCCCUGUUUGCAGACAAUGCCUACUGGCUUGAGAAUUAUGCCAAUGGAAGCCUUGGAUUCCUUCUAGCAGAUGCAGGUUAUGAUGUAUGGAUGGGAAACAGUCGGGGAAACACUUGGUCAAGAAGACACAAAACACUCUCAGAGACAGAUGAGAAAUUCUGGGCCUUUAGUUUUGAUGAAAUGGCCAAAUAUGAUCUCCCAGGAGUCAUAGACUUCAUUGUAAAUAAAACUGGUCAGGAGAAAUUGUAUUUCAUUGGACAUUCACUUGGCACUACAAUAGGGUUUGUAGCCUUUUCCACCAUGCCUGAACUGGCACAAAGAAUCAAAAUGAAUUUUGCCUUGGGUCCUGUGAUCUCAUUCAAAUAUCCCACGGGCAUUUUUACCAGUUUUUUUCUACUUCCAAAUUCCAUAAUCAAGGCUGUUUUUGGUACCAAAGGUUUCUUUUUAGAAGAUAAGAAAAAGAAGAUACCUUCUACCAAAAUCUGCAACAAUAAGAUACUCUGGUUGAUAUGCAGUGAAUUUAUGUCCUUAUGGGCUGGAUCCAACAAGAAAAAUAUGAAUCAGAGUCGAAUGGAUGUGUAUAUGUCACAUGCUCCUACGGGUUCAUCAAUACAGAACAUUCUGCAUAUAAAACAGCUUUACCAAUCUGACGAAUUCAGAGCUUAUGACUGGGGAAAUGAAGCCGAUAAUAUGAAACAUUACAAUCAGAGUCAUCCGCCUAUAUAUGACCUGACUGCCAUGAAAGUGCCUACUGCUAUUUGGGCUGGUGGACAUGAUGUCCUUGUAACACCCCAGGAUGUGGCCAGGAUACUCCCUCAAAUCAAGAGUCUUCAUUACUUUAAGCUAUUGCCAGAUUGGAACCACUUUGAUUUUGUCUGGGGCCUUGAUGCCCCUCAACGGAUGUACAGUGAAAUCAUAGCUUUAAUGAAGGCAUAUUCCUAA